AUGAGCUCGCCACCGCACCGUCCGUUUAUCGCAGACGAGAACCGGUAUCAGGCACGCAUGAACACAGAGCUACCUCAGACAGAAGACGAUAACCUUUCCUUGAAGACAACAUCUUUAUUGCAAUCAUUUAUCGACCAAUCAUUUUCCCGGGAAGACAGUACUACUUGUCCUCCAGGACCUUCCCCGGGUCAGAACACGACUGCAACUUUCAGAGAUUCAAAAAUAUCGCGCAAGAAAGUACCUAACCCAAACCCGAGUGGAGCUUCCUCGUUCACUUAUGUGAACCCCCCCGAUGGAGACGCUUACACCAGCGACGUCGCAUUGCUUUCUUUGCCAUCUGGCGGUCAUGGUGGUGGUGCAUCGAAAGAAACCUCCCAGAAACCCCCGAAGGAAUGGGUACCAAUAAUGCUUCGCAAAGUCCCGGCGGCGCUGCUGACUCUGACAUGCUUGACGAUCGCGAUUUUGUUGGAAUGCUUGAAUAUUGUUGCUCGUAACCGGCAGGGGUUCUCGACAGACAAUAGAACGUCGGUGCAGCUUGCCCGGUAUCUGCCAACGGUGGCCGUGAUCUGCCUCGGGUUUGCUUGGAAAUCCCUCGUUAGUGAUCUCAAAAUCGUCACACCAUACUCAAUAAUGAGUGCCAGAUGGUCCGAAUCACCCAAGUCGAUGUUGCUGGACUAUGUAGACUCUCUUGAAUUCAUAUCUGUAUGGACCUCGGCUCGCCAUGGACACUGGGCGAUGUUCCUUGGGCUUGUCAUUGGUCUGCUCUGUGGCAUACUGGUACCGCUGGCUAAUGCGUUGACCUUCGUCAACCUCUAUUCUCCUGUGGAGCAACAUUCAUCCAUCGUGAUGGAUUCGCAAUUCUCUUUCAAGGACACUUUGGCAAGCAAGAACGGCACCCUCUACAUCCCAUGGGAUUACCGGGGAAGUCAACCUUAUGCUGCAGUAGCCUCCUCCCGCCAACCAAAUGGAAAGAACGGCCCUUGGACAGUCGAUGAUUUUGCCUUCGAGUCCCUCAAUAUAACUCAGUGGUUAAAACAGAACGUCACUGUGGGGGCUCAUGUGCAAGCAUUCAAUGCUCCAUUCGAAUGCAUGAAUAUUAGUUAUGUCGUCGCCAACGAAACGCAUAUCGUCCUGAAUGCAGAUGGAGAUGAUCUGGCCAAGGCAAAUUGUCGACCACCACUAACGCAGAGUGUAACUUCAGCAGGAUGGGAUCCAGAACAAUUAGGCUGGCUGAAUGUCACCGACUGUUCUGAUAACGGCACUGAUAUACGAAUGCUUGCCACAGUCGCGAGUAGGCCCUUUGGGAACGGGAGCAUGGUAGAUGCCAAAGCCAUUGGUUUCUUAUGCCGCCCUAAGUACUUUAUUCGCCAGGCUAAUAUUCGACUGAAUGGGAGUACUGGCGACAUCCUGAGCUUUUCUUUUGAAGACAGUCACCCGACGCCUAUUGAUAUUGGCGCAGAUCUCCCAGUUGUCGUCACAUACCUCAACAACCCAUUGGAUCCAGAAUCCCAAUCCGCGUAUCGUCUUAGUCCAGUUGGUCCAUAUAAAUCUGGCAGACUACCACAAGCCACGUUCGAGAAUGUAACGCGUUAUGCUAGCGAAUACUCUGGCCAUGAUGUGUUUUUCGAUCAGCUGCUCAGUGGUGGGCGCAAUAUUUCUGAAUAUAUUGACAAUCCGGCUCUGUUCGAGUCCGAGGUAGUUGACCUUUCCAACACUAUUUUGACGAAGGUUAUUAGUUCAUUCGCGCGGACAAAUGUGACACGCGCAGUCAAUGGAUCAGUUACUCUACACGAAUCGAGACUGCAUGUUCGACCUGCCUCAUUGCGGGGUAUGCAAGCUAUCCUAGCCUUUAUGGGUCUGAUUUGUGGUCUCUGUUGUACAAUUCUUCGGCCAAAGAGUCGGUUGACCGAAGAUCCUUCUAGCUUGGCUGCUGUUUCGGUCAUCUUGAGUGCGUCUGAAAAUAGGGUAGAGCAGAAGCUCCAGGAAGUUGUGAUGUCAGACCCACGUUCGACGAAUGAAUCUUUGUCCGGAUGGCGGUGGCUACUGUCCUCCAAAAAUGCGACCUCCGUCAUUGAGGCUAACGAAGUGUCAGAGCAAUCUCCCGGUUCCAACCGCUAUGAAACUAUGAACGCUGUAGCCUCCGUGGAACACGAACCUCAGCCAUCGAGGUACCAGCCACUGCCUUUCCACCUAGUAUCAAGGGUGGUUUUGCUCUUUUCUCUCUCGGCGGUCAUAACCACCCUCGCCGUUCUGCUGAGGAUCUCCACUACUUCUGGCGGCUUUCUUGCGAUAACUUCAACUGCAUCAGCGGCGUGGUCAGUCGUUCCAACAACUAUCCUGGUUCUCGUUGGAUACGGCGUGUCAAGUGUCCAUGGUGUGCUACAAAGCUUUACUCCAUAUCUCGCACUUCACAGAAAUUCUGGAUCGAAAUCCCUGCUUUACGGUUCGUAUAGCUUCGUCCUGCUCAUGCCAAUCUAUGCUAUUUUACGGUUUGGAAGCAUCGCACUGGCCACAAGUUCAAUUAUGGCCCUGCUUUUCCCAGGGGCAAAGAUUUUAGCAGCAGGCUUGUACGUACCUAUAGAGGCUAUCGAUACAGGACCUGUACAAGUAAUACUUGACACCAGUCUGAUGGACGGGUUCGAAGCCAUGUACGAAAUGUUUCGGUCCCAAGGGUACGGCUAUCUGAUUGAAACCGAAAAUGCGAUGGUUAGGCGAGCUUCACAAUUCUCCGAGUGGACAUCGAUUCCUUACUUUGGUGUUCCUCACAGAGCUGGAGCUAUGGGAAAUCUUGUGUUUAGCAACUUGACAAAUCUAGGAGACGACCAUGAGCAAAUAUCUGACGUUGGAAGUCUCAUCGCUACUAGAGUUCCUGCCAUCGCGGUAAAUCUUACCUGCACAUCUUUGGGACCGGAGCACUUCCAAGCCUACGUGCUAGAUAAUACGCCAGAACCGAAAAAUGAAACGAAUUGGAAGUUCUCCAUGCGCUGUGCAAGUAAGAUUUGCAAUGAUACGUUCGGCGACCAGGCUGAGUUAGUUAAAUGGACCAAAGCACAAAACCCAGAGUUUACGACCCAUCGUUACUUUGGUAGGGCUCAAAUUAAGGGAUAUAGUUAUCUGGGUGGCUCUGGACCGUUUGAUACGCCCUACCUUGUCACACUUGGGGACUUUUCCAGCAUCUUGGAGCCGUUUACCAACCAGACUUUACUUUCAAAUACAACAGUAAAGCUCGAGCCUGGAAUGUUCAACUACUCUAGCAGCCCAUCCAUGGUAGCCGUCAGUUGCAGCAAAGCCUUCUGGGAAGUCAAUGUCAAUGUGCAAAUGACAAAAACUACCAGGACCAGGGUCAACGGCACCGAAAUACUACCAUGGGAUGUUUCUGCAUAUGACAAAGACAGUAUCGAGUAUGUGAGGCAGUACAACAAAACCACUCCGCUGUGGGCUUAUCCGAAAUCCAGUCAUCCAAGCCAAUAUAACGACGACCGUGACGGUGUUAUAGACAACGAUAGUUUAUGGCCAACACGUGGCGAGAGUACCAAUAUGUUUGAGCUCAUCGCUGCCCAUCAACAAUUCCAAGUUGGAGAUGUUAGUGGGGUCCUAGAUGAGAAUCAACUUUCCAGCGCCGUGCAAUCCGUCUUCACUUCCUACUGUGUAGAAAUCAUCACAGAGCUACGAACCCAUACGACAGCAAUCGCAUCCAAAAAUAGCACUCGGACUGUACCUGGCACUAUCAGCACUCCUUUGACUCGCAUGAAACAAGAUGCUCGUACUACUAUUGCGCUUUGUGUGGUAUUAGCUGCAAUGCUAGCUGGACUAGUUUACAUAUUUGUUAGCUUUCCCAGGGAGAGCUUGAUGGCGAAACCUCCUACUUCGAUUGCUGCCCAGAUGUCGCUGCUGGCUGGGAGCUCGUUGGUGCGGCAGCUGAGGGAUGGGAAUGUGCAAUCUGCAAUGGACACAGACUUUUUGAAGAAGAAAUUUCGGCUCUGUUGGUGGCCAGUGGGUGGAGGUGGGGGUUGGAGAUGGGGGAUUGAUGCCAUUGGAAGUGAGAGUGAGAGUGAGAGUCUUGUCCAUAGACGCUCCUGA